AUGUCACUGACGCGGGUCUGCGGGUACCUGUACACAGGUGCAAAGAACCCGGUGACCGUGUUGGUCAGUGUAAACGGAAAUGCAGUACGCGACGGUAGGAAGCUGCAACCCUUCGAGUGGGCGGGGCCGAAAAGUCCUAGGAGGGUUCAAAGGAGGUGGAGGGAUACACGGGCCAGAGUCGGAACUACUUUCAGGAGGAGGUCACGUGUGUUCCUAGUUGGGGAACUUUCCAAAUUCCCACUCGCCUCUGAUAGUGGAGAGGCGAGUGGUUCGCCCUUCGACCGGGGUGCUCCUACCUUAUGCAGGCAGCGGGACCCCAGAGUCUCCCAGUUCACGGCGGUUCACGGCGGAAACACAGUGCCUCAGAGGAGGCACCUACUGGAGCGCUGUCGGGGCUGACGCCUUGGGAGCUGGUUACACAAGCACCCACAUCCAAGCACGUGCCUCCGCCUUUCCGCACCGUUUGCUGCCGCCGCUGUUUCUUACAGACAGCGUUCUUGGGAACGAGAGUUCCCAAGCUGCUCCCACCUGUGUCCUGCUACCCACAGAGCAAGCCAAAUGGCCGGGACUUGA